UUCGAUUCUAUCGUAUGAUUCCGACAGCCAGCUGUGAAAUUUGUCAGCUGUGCGAGGUCGUGAAUCGGAUUUGGUAUGAAUCAUUUGUGUGGAGAGUGAAGUCAUCUAUUUAUGUAGCAGAUAAUGAUACACACAAAAUACAUCUGUUUGGGUGGCUGAUGGCCACAGUCUUAAUGUUGGUGUUUUAAGAGUGAGCCCAUGUUGUUAUCCAUCUACGAGUUUUUUUUAAACUCCGGUACUGUAUUUAUGUGACGAGUAACGAAGCAAAACCAAGAGGUUCGGUUUAAAGUACAAGUGUUUGAAGAUUUUUUUCCUUUAUGUAAUAUAAAACAUUAAACGCAUUUGUGUGUAGACUUUUAAUUUGAUUGGAAUUCAUCAUGUCCUCGCAAUAAAUCAACAAUUAAUACAGCAAACAGAGAGGAAAAUGGAUUAUUCUGUGAACACAAGACCACUUCUCCAACACAGUGAGAGUGAAAGUGAUUUCGAAGACGAUAUCUCGGAAGUGAAUCGAUGUGUUGAUCACCAAGAUGACCACGUUGUCGUAACAAAAGACUUGAGACCACUUUUUAAAUUACGAGAACCAAGCGAUAGAUACAACUUGGCCUACUUAAUAUUUUAUCUUUUGGGAAUGACCACAUUGCUUCCAUGGAAUUUUUUUAUUACUGCUGAUGAUUACUGGAUGUACAAGUUCCGUGAUGCUAGUGCAAACAUUUCGGAUAAAGAAAACAGGACAGAACUUCAAGCAGGCUUCACAGCGUAUCUGAGUGUCGCGUCUACCAUUCCCAACACAAUGUUCCUCAUUCUUAAUACGUUAUUCAGUCACAAAAUUUCGCUCCAAGUUAGAAUGAUUGGGUCACUCUCGUGCAUCUUCCUCUUAUUUGUCUUGACCACGGUCUUUGUGGAAGUUGAUACAGACACUUGGCAGGAGGUGUUUUUCAGCAUUACACUGGUCAUGGUAGUAUUUCUUAACAUUGCAAGUGCGAUACUACAAGGGGGCCUGUUUGGUAUUGUGGGCAAGUUCUCAUCACGCUACAUCACAGCAGUAGUGAGCGGCCAAGCCUUAGGUGGAAUCUUUGCGGCGUUGGCAGAGAUUGCUUCCCUGUGCUUUGGAGCUUCUUCUGCAACUAGCGCAUUUGUCUAUUUCAUGGUGGCCAAUGUGAUGCUGCUUCUAUCUCUUGCUGCAUAUAUUUUUCUUUCCCACUCGGUGUUUUUCCAAUUCCACAUGCUGGACAAACUUGAAGUGAGCACUAUGCAGUAUGAACCAGCUGUUAUUCAAGCGAAUGAUAAUCCUCCUUCAAGAGAAAUUUCUUACAAGGCUAUUCUUAGUAAGAUUUGGGUGUACGGAUUCUCUGUGUGGAUGACAUUUGUUGUGACCUUAGCAAUUUAUCCAGCAGUUACAGUGUUGGUAAACUCAACAGGAAAAGGAAGCAGAAAGCCUUGGAAUGAUAUGUACUUUGUUCCUGUAGUUGGUUAUUUGAUCUUCAGCACAUGUGACUAUGUGGGGAGGAUUCUCGCAGGACUUCUGCAGCGGCCACGGAACAAAAGCUGGGUGGUUGCCCUGCUGAGUAUACUUCGAGUAGUAUUCAUUCCCCUUCUCCUGCUGUGCAAUGCGCAGCCUCGUCAUCAUUUACCAGUCCUGAUGAACUCGGAUCUCCACUAUAUCGUCAUAAUUGUGCUGUUUGCAUUGUCCAAUGGCUACUUGGCAAACAUCACGCUCAUCUGCGUACCGAAAGUCGUUGAUUCUGCUGAGCAAGAGACCGCUUCAUCAAUGAUGGCUGCUUUCCUGGGCAUCGGACUGGCUUGUGGCUCGGCACUCAGUCUCGCGAUGGUGAACAUACUGUAAAGAAGCUCUAGUCUUUAGAUAAGAAUGGACUGGAUUUUAACUCCUCAGGAAAGAUGUUUUGUUACAUGUGCUGCUGUCAGAAGAUGUCUCGCUAAAUUUGGGCUCUUAACUUGAUUUGGUACCACAAUUUUCUGCACAUAUGUAAUUAUUUUCAGUCAUAUACAUAGACCAAUAAAUCAUUUUUAUAUACCCAUAUUGGAGAAGGGAGUUAAUAUAAUUUCAUUUAUGAUAAUAGUAUGAAUUUUGGUCUCCUCUUUUAGUGUAUUUCAUUCCUACAUUUCAGACCUUUAUCUGAAAUGUGUAAACCAUGACACAGGCCCUCAGUAGGACCACAAAGAUGAUAAGAAGACAUUUCUUGUUUUAUAAGGCUCAGAAAUGUCCAGUAGGAUGAACCUAAUGGUCAUGAGGCCACAUUGACGAAAAUUAGGUUCACGACACAAAACAUUUCGAGCCACUGAUAUAAGAAAAGAAUUUAUAUUUGUACUGCAUUAUAUUUGAGGCAUUAUUAACGAGACAGGAAAUUUAGACAAACUAGCGUAUUAAUUAAAUAAUGCUCUUGUAUAAUGAAAUUUUAACUAUUUUAUUAAGUCUGGUUAUGAAUAUUGGCCAGUGAUUAUACUACAACCAUUUUAGUGACUUCUUGAGAGUAAAUGCAGAUGACAGUGAAACAAAAACUUACAUGUCCUUUCCUUUUUUGCACAGUGGAAGAAUGGAGAUAAUAAAUACAAGUUUUAUUUCUUUCUCUCCUGUGCCUGCUUCUCUGCAUUGUGUCCUCCGCCCCUCACAGCUGUGCUUUCAAAGUCUGAAACGUUAAAGAUGUUUAUAGUUUAUUUAAUGACACUCAGACUGUAUAGUGUAGAAUGAGAGGAUGAUAGUGAAUUGGAAAGGAUGUGGAAGGAAGUGGUUGUGGCCUAGUUUAAGAUAGUAUCAUAGCAUUUUCCUGGAGGGACUGAGUCAAGGCACAUAAAUCCAAGAUGGUGUCUCCAGGCGAAGAUGAAACAGGAAUACUAAUGACUCAGCUGUGACAUUAAUUAAUUCUUGGUAGACCGUGUAAAUAUUAAUAAAAAGAUUUUGUUGACUACAAUUUUUGAUGAACCUGACAAAUAUUUGUAUAAGUCAGAAUGUAUGUUCGUGUUUAACAUUGUAUUCGUCAUAAUUACUGAUAAGUGAAACAAUUUGCAGAAUUAUAGCAAUGAAAUGUAUAUUUUACUGAAUAAAUCAGAAUUGUUCAGUUGCCAAAAAUUAUCUGUAUUAACGCAGGGGAAUUUUUUUACUGUGCUAUGCAAAUGAGAAAACUGUUGCCAAUGUUGCGUCUCUUUUUUUGUAAUGAAUAUCAUUGAUUAAAAUUACUGAAAUUCGUUCUAAUGGUAGAGAUCAUUUCAUGUUAUUUUUACUAAAUCUGAAUUUUCACAGGUUCUUAUAAUAGUGACUGCUAAAGUAUAAUUUUUCCUCUUGGCAUUCCAAUAUUUUGUAGAUUAAAAGUUAUAUAAUUUUACAUGUAUAUAUAUUUAUUAUGAUACCUGUGUGUAAAUGCAUUUUUAUAUUUUAUAGCAAGUAAAUGUGACUUUUGGUGAAAAAGAAUGUUUAUUAACUUAUAGACAAUUUCGGUGUGGUUUUUCUUAUUAUAUAACAAGGUUAUAAAUUCACAGUUUUUAAGGCUCAUAUUGGAUCACAUGUUCAGAGUCAAAAUGAAGUAAGAAAACAAAAUUGUACUCUUUGGGGAGAAGAGUUUAAGUUUAUUACAUAAUCAAGGUUCGGUCCUUUUCCAGGGGUAGUAGCAUUUGCUUUCCUCCAUGAAUUGGUCUCAUUGACCCUCAUUAGUCAUAAUGGGAUGUACCAUAUGAAGCUGAUGUUCACAUAAUACGGUAGGCAAGGCCUUAUAUUAUGCACCUCACACCUUCAAAAAUGGGUUAAAUGACCUGCCAUACCACUCGCACCCCCAAACUGAGUGUACAAAUGUUUCUAAUUUUAGUAAUGACUCUGACGAUGUGAAGCUCAAAGUGCCUUGAAAAACUGCAUCCACUCAGUGUAUAAUAAAUGUUGUGACAGACUGUACCUUAAGUUGAUAUUGCAUUUCAAUGGCUGUUUAUCAAUAAAUGCUCUGACUGGCAUACUUUAUACGUACAUACUUUCUAGUCAGAUUAUGGUGGGUAUUAUGUGACAAGAACUAAGCUACCUUUACUCCAAGACCAGCCAAAUGCCAGGUCAAAGACAAUGCUCAUAACUUAUGACCAAGGGUAUGAAAUAUGCUGCUUUGUCAGGGGUAUCACACCUAUUAUAUGAUACUUAAGUAAUUUAUUUCCAAUUUAGAUACAAGCUUUUGUUAUAAUAAUGGUUUAUCUCCUUGAAUCUCAAUUAUUUUGGUUGGUCAGAUGUUUUUACCAUAUAUUAUAAUGUAUUCUGAUAAAUCAGUAAUUCCUGUGGAAUGUGCAUAAACUGUCCUUGCAUCAACUUAUAAUAUUAAUUAGUGCGUUAACGUUUAAGGAAAUUCUCAUGGCAUAUUUCAAGAAACUUACGAAGCUGUGAAUAUUCAGUCAAGACAGUAUCCCAAUUGAUUUGAACAAGGCACCUACCAAAUACAAGUCAGCCAAUUAUUUUUAACUUCAUUUACCACCAAACGUGAUCUCUGCUAUCUAUUUGAGACCUGUUAUUGUGUUAUUCAUCUUGUGUUUGAUAAUUGUACACUUUUUAACCCUUUGGAGUCCAACUGGUUUUUAUCCAGAUUUAAUACAAACAUGUCAAGCUGUACAGGAACUGUUAAGGGUGAAGUUAAUAACCCCUAUGAGUGUACAGUAAUGCAUAAGAAAUAAGGAAUUGACAUGACCCUGUUUAUUUCUGUAUAUUACAUGUGUAAUCGCUGCUUUUGAUGAAAUGUGCAUACAUGAGACAGCUGAGGGUAGUGGCCGGUAAAUCAUGACAAAGAGAGAGGACAUCCAGGUUAUAAUCCUGGAGUACCGUGGCAUGCAUAGUGUGGAACAUUGUGCAGUUGUUAGUUUUAUGAGAAUAUUGGUGUCAUUUAGUUGUCAGUUAAUGGAUGUUUAUGGGACAUACUGAUACUGCAAAUUUUCAUAUUUAUCUCUGUCGUAAAUGAAGAUGGCUGUCUUCUCGGUUGUAACGCUGUGUAAUCUGGUAAACGUCUACCAGACUACGUGGUGCAACAGCAUAGAAGACAUAUUUGUACUUAAAGCCACAAGACCCUCAGAUCCUACUGUUAUACAUGCAAGUGAAUUUGUUCAACAAAAGUAUAAGAUAAAAAAAUGGAACUUAAGAAAAAUAUUGUUAAUGUUAAUGCUAUGAAGAGGUAAUUAUAAUGUUCAGGUAAUGACUGUUAAAUGUUAUAUGUACAAGAGUAUAUUAAAUGUUGACCUCUGUAGGUUAUAAAGUCACUCACUCAUGGCUAUGAUGGAUGCUGAGAAUGCCCAUUAGGUCUAAACUGCAAUGGAUUGUUUAUGUGAAAUGACAGGAUUCUAUCAUGUUAUUGAAUAUUUGUAUAUUUUAUGACAGUACAGUUGAUUUUUACCAAGUGGCAGCAUUUCAGUGUGGAUUAAAUGUUAUGAAUAAAUAUCAAUGUAUAUGUCUAUACAAAAAGAUAUUACAUUCCACAAGUUACUGAAUUUUUAUUUUAUUUUUUUAGAAUUAUCAUUUAUCUAGUUUCAGAAUUGUUGUGUGACUAUGGAUUAAUAUAAGUUUGUAAUGUGAGACAUUAAUAUAAAAAUAAAUGAUGGCCAUAUAUAUGAGACACAUACUCAUAUAUAUCCAUACUGACUUCUUGA